AUGACUUUGGGUGAGGCAUUGGCUCCAUAUCUACCCAAGGACACCAAAUUCAAGGCAUUGCAUGUGUACACGGUGACAUACGAAACAAAGGAUUUCAUCUGUGUAAGAACAAAGAACCCAGAAAAACCACAGACCUUCAAGAAUAAGCAUUUUUUAGCUUUGGUUGACUCAGAUCAACAGAUAAUUCUCGGAUUGGAGCUUUAUGUGUACCUUAUAUGCACCAAUGACUCUACAAUCAACCAUAUAUUUGUAUCGAAAGCAGAUACUACAGGUUUGUCAAAGCACAAAGUAAAAGUGGCCGAUAUAGUUCGGACUAUGAUAAGUUACGUUGACAACAUCGAUAUCAAAGAACACACCAAACAUGUUGAACGCAAGAGAAAGGCAAUUGAAACACACAGCAGUGCUGAAGGGUCCCCAGUAGUAGCGGCAGUGAGGUCUUUGGUUGACAAAUUGCGUUCUGAACCAUCAUUUUACCGGACGUUGGUCCAUGAUCAAAGCAGCGAAAAAACUCCAAUAUGCGUCUCCAAUAAUGUAAUUCACCGCAUAUCGCUAUUUACCAGAUCCUCAGAGCAGUAUCUUUUUCCAGAGUCGUCAGAGAACAAAAAUAAGCAUAUCAUCAACGGGAACCAAUUGUUGGAAUGGUGGAUAGGUAUCUUGGAUGGAAUAGCAGUCCAGAGAAAAUGGCAGUGUUAUGUCACCAUACCAGGUUCUGACUCCGAGUCUAUGAAAAAGUACAUUUCGAAGGUCAAUGGGUCGUGGACUCUAGGUUCUAUCUUUGACGAGAACGAAAAUUCACCUGCCAUAUAUACUAUUCCCUUGUUGCCUGACGAUCCCAAGGGCCGCUUUCUAGAACACUUGGUGGUAGAAGGACGCCAUAAGACCGUUAGCACCAAAGACUUUUGGGAAGAACUAGGGUUUCGCCAGGAGUUCCGUAUAGGCAAUGUUGUGGGUAUUUUAGGAUGUGAACUGUCUUUGGACACCAAGCAGGGUUCCAACAUGUUACCAAAGCCAGUGAAAAGAGCACAGUACCGUCAAGUGAUCAAAGCAAUCAAAAGAGCUGAUUUUAGUGACAGUGAAGAUGUUAGAUCGUUGGUUGAAAGAGAGAUACCAAAUUUGAUUGGUGAUGUAUAUGAAGAUGUUAUUGGGACACAAGAUACUAAACACCCUAAAAUAGAAAAGAGGCUGGCUCCAGUGGUGAACAAUAUAACUGGGCUUGUGAAACGCAAAAAGCAAUGA